AUGUCGGCUUCGGGCCACAGUCGACCAUCCACUCUUGCAGACGUUGAAACGGAUGUUAAGAUCAUAGAGCAAGUCCUCCCUGAGGGCUCCGUAGACCCUGUCUAUCAGGCAAGAGCUGAAUUGCUCAAUGAUACAAUACAACGAAUGGGAAUGGGCAAAUACCAAUGGCAUCUCUUCAUCGUGACUGGUUUUGGCUGGCUGGCCGAUAUCUUGUGGAUUGUUGUCGCAGGUAUAAUUCUUGCCCCGAUUAUUCAGGAAUUCAAAGUUCAAGGGCCGUUUCUAAGUUUGAGCACGAAUAUCGGCUUGUUAGUUGGAGCAAUGGGAUGGAGUGCCGGAAGUGAUGUGUGGGGCCGAAAAGUUUCGUUCAAUAUCACGCUGGCAAUAGUUGGGGUAUUCGCCAUGGUCGCAGCCGCGUCUCCCAACUUUACGGCCCUGGCGAUUUUUGCCGCCCUUUGGAGCGUGGGAGUCGGGGGAAACUUUCCCGUUGAUAGCGCCAUCUUCCUCGAAUUCCUUCCCGCCACUCACCAAUGGCUACUCACAGUGCUGGCCAUUUGGGGCGCAUUUGGAGCGCUAAUCGCUAGCCUAGUCGCGUGGGCUAUACUACCUAAUUUCUCGUGCGAAGCAACCGUCGUUGAAUGCAAACGCUCAGAUAACAUGGGUUGGAGGUAUUACCUUAUUCUUAUGGGCGGACUGAUGAUUGUCCUCUGGAUUUUACGCUUCUUCGUUUUCACGCUCCAUGAGUCCCCCAAAUACCUCAUGGGUCGCGGCAAGUUACGCGAAGCAGUAGCAGUUAUUCAUGCCAUUGCUGAAUAUAACAACUGCGACGCUACCCUCACUGUUGAACAACUGGAAGAGGCCGGGACAAGUCGAGUCCUCGAGGAUACGAAGGACCAGGAUGGCAAGAUCCUCUUAGACCACCUGCCAUGGAUACAUCCGCCUGGGGGGCUUUCCGCAGAAGUCUGA